GCUAUAUAUAAAAGCCUUGCAAGCUGGAAGAAGAAAAUUCAUUGAGUUCAUUGAGUCUGUGGCGUCUGUUCGUUUAAUAACUUGUGUUAAAGCGGAAACAAACACGAGAAGUAAUUCUUAGGCACUGGACGUCUGACUCUACAAGAUGGCUGCUACAACAGUGCAGGUUGACAGCCCGCGCGUGACGUACUCGGACAAGUACAUCGAGAGUCAGUACAGCUACGCCACAACCAGUGUGGAGCUGAAGGGGGGCCAGUAUGUGGCCACACCCGUCUCCACCCAGUACACCUUCCGCACCAAGAGACAGGUGCCCAAAGUUGGGGUCAUGCUGGUGGGGAUAGGGGGGAACAAUGGCAGCACCGUGAUUGCUGCUACCAUCGCCAACAGGCUGGGGCUGAGCUGGCACACGAAGGAGGGCUUGAGAAUGGCCAACUACUUUGGGUCCCUCACCCAGGCCAGUACAGUCUGCCUUGGUACAGGAUCACAAGGGGAGGAAGUCUAUGUGCCUCUCAACCAGCUCAUGCCCAUGCUAAAUCCUAAUGACAUUAUAUUCGAUGGUUGGGACAUAUCUUCUAUGAACUUAGGGGAUGCCAUGGCACGAGCCAAGGUCCUUGAUUACAACCUUCAGACACAGCUUCGCCCACAUAUGGAGAAGUACAAGCCCCGCCCCUCCAUCUAUAUCCCAGACUUCAUUGCCGCCAACCAGGAGGGCCGUGCAGACAAUGUCCUUUCAGGUACCAAACAGGAACUCGUCGACCAGAUCCGUCAGGACAUUCGAAGCUUCAAAGACAGUAGCGGAGUUGAUAAGGUGAUCAUAUUGUGGACAGCCAACACAGAGCGUUUUUGUGACGUCUGCCCAGGUCUUAAUGACACGACAGAGAAUCUCCUCAACAGCAUUAGGAACGACGUCAGUGAAAUCUCCCCAUCCACUCUCUUUGCUGUGGCAUCCAUCUUAGAAGGUGUGACCUACAUCAAUGGCUCCCCACAGAACACUUUUGUCCCGGGGGUGCUAGAGCUGGCGGAGAAGAAGAGGGUUUAUAUUGCAGGAGAUGACUUUAAGUCUGGUCAGACAAAGCUCAAGUCAGUGUUGGUUGACUUCUUGGUGAGUGCAGGGAUUAAACCUGUCUCGAUCGUCAGCUACAACCAUCUGGGAAACAACGACGGCAAGAACCUGUCAGCUCCAGAGACAUUCAGGUCUAAAGAGAUCUCCAAGAGCAACGUUGUUGACGACAUGGUGCAGUCCAACCAUCUUCUGUAUGACGAACAGGAGAAGCCGGACCACACCGUCGUCAUCAAGUAUGUGCCCUACGUGGGAGACAGCAAGCGGGCAAUGGAUGAAUACACCUCCGAAAUCAUGAUGGGCGGCACCAACACCAUUGUCAUCCACAAUACCUGCGAAGACUCGCUGCUUGCCUCGCCUCUCAUCAUUGACCUCAUUGUUAUGGCAGAAAUAUGUGAACGUAUCCAAUUCAAAGUAGAAGGACAGAUGGAAUUCCAGAACUUCAAUGCAGUUCUUUCCAUCCUCAGUUUUCUAUGCAAGGCCCCGCUUGUGCCUCGAGGAACGCCCGUGGUGAACGCAUUGUUCCGACAGAGAGCUUGUAUUGAGAACAUCUUUCGAGCUUGUAUAGGACUGUCCCCAGUCAACAACAUGUUGCUGGAAUGCAAACAUGAACACAUCCCUGCGCCACCCAUAGUUGCCUCCCCUUAUUCAAACUUGGCGUCCAUGAAACUGAAGGCUCGAGAUCAACUGAACGGAUUCUCACAUACCACUGUUACAAACGGGGAGAAAGCUAGCAGUGACGAGGGAGAAAAAUAAUCAUAAGCAUUUUACAAAAGAAAACUAUUGUUAACACCAUGUUUUUUAGAACACUGUAACCAACAUUUGUAUCACUUUACUUUUCGUGUUGAUAAUAGAUGCUGUAUGCAUGCACAACAUCUCAUGAAGUACAUAACCAGGAGCAGGAUAGCAGUGUUCAACCAUGCCAUCAUUGCAGUAUUUAUGUUUACAAUUAUACAAAAAGCGUAUCCUUUUUAAUGAGUACAGAGCUUCAGAUGAGCAGCAUAUUUGCGUAAAAUACCCCCCCAAAAUAUUCAAAUCCCAAUUACUUUCAAUUAACUUGUGUACAGAAACUAAUGCAUUAAAUGAAAAACUCAAAUGUAUAAAGACAAAUUCCCAAUGAAGCUU